CGAGCCCUGUUGAUCUUCACAACAUCAUCCACAUGUAGAACGCACUAUUGUAUUUCUUCGGCUUUAAAAAUUCUCCUCUACUACAUGUACUAGUAUUUUAUAACCAAGCAAAUGGCGACCACUCAUUGUUUUCUUUAAUCCUGAUUUUUAGAUCCUGAUUUGCAUAAUUAUUGUUAUUAAGUGAAGCAUCACUUAGGCUACCUUCUUCUUAUCUACAUACCAAAAAUCAUGAUGAUCUGUCGACUAGAUCUUGAGUUGAAUCACUUUGAGUUAUCCAAACAUUUUUUAACAAAUGCCCCUGCAGUUCCAGAAGAAAAUGCUAGGAGGGCCAAACACUUCUUCCUGUACACAACAGCUAACUACCACACAAGAGAUCCUAGCAUGACUACAUCACAAACUAGAGUUCCACGGCCUUUACCAAAUUAUGUUUACCUUACAGCUGACGAAUUAUGUUUCUCAUUGACGAUACAAAUAAGAUCAUUUGCCUAGCUGUUGUGAAUUAUAUCAUGAAUAACAUCUUAUUGUGAUUGUGUUUACAGACAAACAGACACACACACACAGAGACACCCACACGAACACCUCUGAAAACAAUUAACCUUCUGGGCAAAGGUAUUAAUCAUGAGUCACUAGAACACUGUAUGACUGUACUUUCACUUUCACUGUCCAAAUCUGUUGUCCCUAUCAAAAGUUGAUCUGUAAGAAUACCACUGUUUUGUUCUGAAUCAUAUAAGUAAAGAACUCAUAGCCAACACGGUUAGCAAAGCUAAACGCAAUGUUUCCUUAAUAUCAUCAACAAUUUCUUACUUUAUUGAGCGUGUCACAACAAGCAGAGUCGAUCGAACGUUAAAGGUAAAGGUCAGUCUACUUUAAUCGGAACUGGGUGUAGGGGAACUCCAGGGUCCCAAGUUCACUUGCCAUCUUUCUUUCCAAGCGACGCCAAGACUUCAGGUUCUCGAAAGACUUCAGGCCGUUGCAACAACCUAACCGCACACGACAAGUCACAUUAUGAUGGAUGAAGCAUGCAAGUAUCCAAAACAAUGCUCGGAUGAUUUGAGGGCCAAGGCGACCCUAGAGGUAGAGAAAAUCCAUUCGCAGAUGAAGCACAGUUCAAAAGAAGAUUUUCUUGCAUAUGUGUCGUCACUCCUCAGCAAGAUGCAGUGCAUAACAGAAGAUAAAGAGCGCCUUAAAGACGAGAAGAAGGCUCUGGAAGCUAGCCGCGAAAGCAUCAUCAAAGAAAAGGACAAGAACGCCAAGGAAAGAGACGAGGCAGUCGCUGAGAGGGAAAAUGUGAUGAAAGAAAACGAGUCUCUUAAGGAGGAAAACAAAAGCCUGCUCCAAGCCCAACACGAGAUGGAGAAGACGAUGAUACGACACGAGGAAAAAGACAAGCAGGCAAAAUCACAGGCUGACACCAAGAAGGAGCAGUAUGAGCAGCAGAAAGAAUUCUUGAAGAAGACUGAGGAGAGGCUGGAGAAGACUGAGGACAGACUGAAGAAGACUGAGGACAGACUGGAGAAGACCGAGCUGGAAUUGGAGGAAUUCCGCAAGAACCUUAAAGUUAAAGCAGCUGAAGAGGCUCCUUACGUGGCACCAGUCGGCAGUCCCUUCCACGUGGCAGAGGGAGUGGCGAAUGAUUCCUCUAGUUCUAGCGAUGACAGCGAGGAAUACUACGAGACCAUAGAGGGAGAAGAGGAACCUGAAGUGCCGGUGGAAGUACCAGAACCACCACCGCCUCGUUCCACGAGGAACGCACCCCCAGCAAGCAGCAGGGAAAAGGGUAAAAAGAAUGUAAUCAGGAGGCUCUUGCCCAGUGGAAAGAACAAAAGUAUCAAAGUGCAAGGGAACAACAACAUGGUUCACAUAGCAGCGGGUGAUACCAUGGCUGGUUCUCAUGAUAUUGUCAAAAGCGUUUACCAGGUUGUCCAGUCAGCUGACCAGCGUCCAGGCAAUGAAUACACUACAAUGGUUAGCGCAAUGUAAGGAAAGAUACUUAUGAAAAAUGUACAUUAGCACAGGGUUCCAAAUAAUACUGCCGGCACUGUUGCCUUAUUUCUACCACAUACAUGUGCGAGACCUACUCUCCAAUCUUCUUUUGUUGAAGACCCUUGCUUCUUGAUAGAUUUAAUUGUUUCACUCCAGAUCCACGGUUGAUCUGAAUCCUUUUCCUUACCCUUUGCACCUAGCCCAAACGGUUGGUCCCCGAAUUGAAAAACAUUCAUACGUAGCACACCAGGGGCUGGACAUUCCCCCUCGUCCUCGAAAAUGAUUACCCUUCGUUUUUCUAAGACUUUCCCCAUGAUUUGAACAUCUAACACACAGUAACCAACACAGUUAAUAGGAAGAUCAUUUGCUGCCGUUACUUUAGUGUUACAUGUAGCUUAACCAGCUCAACUUGUCUUUUAACUGUUCACCAUUAGUAUUACAUUGUAUUUACAAAAUGAGUGUUAAAACAGCUAUGCAUCGUUGUGGUCAAAUGUUUCUGAUAUAUCUUGCACAUUUUGUAUAUGAAUUAUUUUAAUGUAAUUUCUAUAAGCAAAAUAGAAAUAUGACUAAGCAAAAUUUGAAUUUGAGUAUGCAAAAUGUAUGUGCAUGUAAUGUGAUGUGUAAAUGCGGUUUUGUAACAUUUGUAAAUGUUUUUAUGUCAUCAAGUGCAACUCAACUGUCACAAUUCCAUUUUAAGACUGUC